ACAAUGGCAAAUCUAAGCCCGAUUGAGUUAGGAUGUAAUUGCUUUUGACUUUUGCUUGAUUAAUAAUGAAAUUUAGCGAACCGUGGUUGUUUCCUCAAAAGAGACACAUUUCCCGCCAAAGAACACAUUUUCUAAUUCAUUCCUCAAAAUCCAAAUUCAAACCGAUCUUCUCAAUCAUCAUCAAUCACUCGAUCAUCCGCAACAGUGACAGAAGCAGAUAGCACUCGCAAAAGCAUGGAAGCCAAAGAAGCAGGAUCAUCCUUAGAAUCUAUAAUGUUAUCCUUCAAUACUCGCAUUUCUGAGCUCCAAGAACUCAUCAUAGCAAGAAACAUGUAUCCGGCGGGUAGCGUCGCCGAUCUCACGGCGGUUGAUGUGGCGGUGAAAGCAAUGGAGCUUCAAGUUCAGUCUAUUAAGGAUAGAUUACGCGAAGAAACCCUCGCUCUCCCCAAAGCCAAGAAAUUGAUUGAAGCAUCUCUUAAGCAGCAGAAAAAGCUGCAGGAGAUGGCAAUUCAUGUUCCUUCUCACUUAACUGUGAAAUCGAUGUCUUCAGUACCUGACUCCAAUUACCAUUUGCAGUCUGAUUCUUCUAAGGAUGACCAUUCGUCAUUUGGUUCGUUGAAGGUUGAAGAGGAGCCUGUUGUGAUGCACAAGGAAAAAAAGGGUCGGGGACCUCCACCUUUGUGGUACAUUUCAGGAAACGAGCUUGAAUCCCUAUCAUCUUACAUGAGAGGAAGAUUGACCCUUGAGAAAGUCAAUGCUGCCAUCAAUGACAUGGCAGCUUAUGCUGAAUCAACUGCCCAGCUUAUCUCAGCCCCUAAAAAGAAGUUGCCCGAAAACAUGUGGGAGAAAGCCUUGGAGCUGCGAGAUAUUGCAAUGAAUGAAGGAGUUAAAGGAAAACAUUUUUUUCUUGAGAGUGACAUAAAGGGACCUUCCCUAAAGCUUGACAACACCGGAAAAGCAAUACUGACAGUUCUUCGUCACCUAGGUCGUAUAAGUGAGACAAGGGUUGGACAUCACCGAGUGAUUAUCCUCUCAAAACCUCAAUAAAUUAGAUAUGGGUUGCAGGCACAAUAAUUCUUAAUCAGUGGUUCAGAAGAUGUCAUGUAGAAAAUGUUGUUAAAGUGGUGCGUAGUUGAUUGUCAAUCUCCAUCAUCAGAGUUGGGAGUAAGUUUACCUUUCUAGCUUUACUUGUUAGAUAUGUGUAAUUGAGAUAUGUGUAAUUGUUUAUAUACUGAAUCACUUAAGUACUCGAGUUAUCAUUUAAUCCCUACUAUAUAUUUGGUUAGAAGCAUCUGUAAUGAAGAUGCAAAGAGGCUCCCAUUCAAGUUAGCACUUCAUUAGAUUUUCUGUUUGUUUUCUUAA